CGCAAAUCCUUCUCGAAGUUGACGUCGUCUCGGAAGCCGCACUAACUUUAGCGGUGGUUCGGCGGAAGUUUAGGAACUUUUGAGCUCGCCCUUUCUUUCGGUUUCCCACGCGAAACACCGCCCCAGAAGGUACCGGGCUCCUGGACCUCUCACGGCACUGACGGGUCCCUCUUUGUCCGUCAGUUGAGACCGCCUGAAAGUCAAAACAACUACUAGUUCCAUCGAAGCACUGGGAGCUUUUUAAAUAUCUAUUCUAUCUCCGACCUGCACCUUACAUUUGACUAUCAUUACCAUCUCAUCACAUAUCCUGCGUAGUUAGUUGUUAUAUGUGAGACUUUUCUCGGAGAGAAAUUCGCGCCCGCAAAAACGGAAAUUCAGGGACUCUGACUCUUGCAGUUCCUAAUCUCUUUUUUUUCCUUCCUAUGCCUCGUCGAUCGUCUCGGGCCGUUCCCGCGUCGGCGGCAGCUCCAGCGCCGGCACCAAAAAGGCGCGCGUCUGACAGACUCUCCGCUGGCUCCAAGACGGCGCCCAAAAGACAAAAGUACAAUCCCGCCGCCGCCGCCAAAAAGAAUUCAGUCAAAUCCACCGCCAGGAAGAGCAAAUACUUCGAACAAGACACCGCCGAAGAAUCAGUCUCCGAACCUGAUCCUGAAACCAGUCUGGACUCCACUUCAGCCUACGAAGACACUAAGACCACUUCCACCGAUCCAGAGUCUUCUGUAUCCGAAGCAGAUUUUACAGACGAGGACAAGGGCAAGAAAAAGAAAGGAAAGUCAAGCAGUCAAGGAGUGAAAGCAAAGCCUCGGAGAAAGCAAAAUGAAAAGCAAGAUGAUGAUACGCCAGGUGACGAUGACGAUGAGACAACACUGAAAGACAAGGAAUUGUGGAAAGAAGGUGUCAGCACUGGGCUGGGUCCUGGAAAAGAGGUUUUCAUCAAGAAGCCCAAGGCUAGGGACCCUGGAAAGGUGCAUUACCAAGACGAUACUUUGCACCCCAAUACCAUGCUCUUCCUGAAGGACCUGGCAGAGAACAAUGAAAGGCAAUGGUUCAAAGCCCAUGAUCCGGAUUAUCGGGCUGCGAAAAAGGACUGGGAAACUUUUGUCGAAAGCCUCACGGAGAAAAUCAUUGAGAAGGAUGGCACAAUCCCCGAGCUACCUGCCAAGGACCUGGUGUUUCGCAUACACAGAGACACUCGGUUCAGCAAAAAUCCUACUCCGUAUAAGACGCAUCUUUCAGCUGCCUGGUCCCGUACGGGAAAGAAAGGACCUUACGCCUUCUAUUAUGUCCAUAUGCAACCUGGAUCCUGUUUUGUCGGCUCGGGAAUCUGGCAACCAGAACCCAAUCAGCUCGCGCUUCUUCGAGAGGAGAUCGAUCAAAAUUCGCAUCACCUGAAGGCUGUGCUGAGAAGACCUGAAUUGCGCCACGAAAUCUUCAAGGGCAUUUCUGACGAUGAAGACAAAGCUGUGGAAUGCUUUUUCGAUCAGAAUAAGGAGACUGCUCUCAAAACAAAACCAAAGGGUUACAACGUCGACAAUGAGAACAUUCAAUUGCUCCGCCUGCGCAAUUUCACUAUCGGAAGGCCUCUUGCCGAUGCGGAACUGAUGAGUCCUAAUGCACAGGAGAAGAUCGCAACUCUCAUUGGCAUCAUGGAACCCUUUGUCACCUAUCUCAACAGCGUCGUCAUGCCUGAUCCAGCGGACCAGGAUCCCAGUUCCGACUCCGACCCUCCAGGCGAGGACAGCUAAAGCAUUGAUUGCACACCCGAUUUCAAGCGAUUUUUGUGUCCUUGUUUCCCCGUAUAUUUCUAUGUAGGUCUGUGACUUUUUGAAUUUCUAUAUAUUAUGGUUUUUCUUGUGUGUUUCGAGUAUAAUAUGCUAUGGUCUUUUUUUUUUUCCUUUUUUCCUGCCCAACCGUGAACCGUAGUCGUUUUCCCAAAG